GCCGCGCCGGCCGGCCCGCACCGUGUUCUCGGCCGGCCAGAUGGCCUCCCUGGAGCGCGAGUACGCCGCCAACCGCUACCUGAGCACGCCACAGCGCCGCCAGCUGAGCCAGCGCCUCCAGCUGGCCGAGGCCACCGUCAAGGUCUGGUUCCAGAACCGGCGCAUGAAGGAGAAGCGCCAGCAGAGCGAGAGCCAGAUGCACUACCUGAGCCAGGUCAUGCAGUCGUACAUGUACCAGCUGCAGUGUGUCGGGGUGGUGCCGCCGCCGCCGCCACCGGGCCACCCGCUGCCGCCGCUGCAGCUGCCGCUGACGCCGCCGGCUGCGCCUGUGACGUCACCGGGUGCGCCUGUGACGUCACCGGCUGUGCCUGCGACGUCACCGGUGGACCUGUGCCGGCCACGAGUACGACCGCACCACCACCUCUUCAGGCCGUACGCCCUAUGAGCGUUGGGAGGAGCGCCUUGUAAGAGAUUCCAUAUUUUUCCAGCCGCCAUUCCUGAUCAUGCUGUGCGGCCGUUGCCGCGCCGUAGUGAGCGGUAGGCGACGCGUUUGUUUUCGAGCUAAUGUGCUGUUGACUGCCCGCGAAGAGCGGCGGCUCUGCCUGUGAGUUUGUUUGUGUCCGUUUGCGGAGUUUAUGGUGCCGUUAGCAGUUGGUGGUAAACUGACUUCUACGAACCGCGAGUGAGCAAUGCGCUUGGCUUGAAGCGGAAGCGGUGCGUGGCGCAAGUUUUAUAGGCUUGCGUGUUCGACAGGAAACGGUGGCCUAGCGCAGCACAGGCUGACGUGGCGCGAUAGCUUUCGAUUUCUCAAGGAGAUUGUGUGGCCGGCACGAUGCCGCCGGCAGCGCCAUCUCUUGCCGAGACGAAGCCGAUUCGGAAAUCGAUUCUUGUCGCCGUCGCUACCGUCCGCAAU